CAGAAAAAAACAAUCUAUCAGUUCAAAUUUUAUUUGAUUAAAGAAUUUUUAAAAAUACGCCCACUGAGAGCCUUGAAGCAAUGUGGAUCGGCUAUCUCUAGUCGUUAUUGUGAAAGUAGUUCAACUGUCAAAUUUUAAGUCACAACAAAAAAUAAAAAAUGUAAACCGGAGAAAAUUGCAAUGCGGAAAAUGAGAUUUAAGAAACCGAGAUGAAAGUGUACAAGUAAAGCCUUCAAAAUCAAUAUGCUAUACUUCAAAUUAUUCUCUGUACCUUUAGCAAGAGAAUGAAACAUCUGCAGUUCGUUCUAAUUUAAAUAUUUUGAGAUAAAUAUUGCUUAACUUCUGAUAUGGCUGUGCAACUAAUUUAUAAAUUACAUAUAAUUACGUUAUUAGAUUCCAUAUGUUUUGGUCUUACGUAUCCAUUUCUUUCCACGUAUAUACAGUCCCUUGGAGCGGACCAUGUUGUAGUUGGAGUAUUAUCCAUUGGAUACCUUAUUUGCAACCUGAUAUCUGACGAUUUAGUUUAUUUAACGAAAGUUAAUCAAAGACAAUCUGGCAUGGUUAUUAUAUUAUUUAUAACAAUGCUGACACAUUUUUCUUUGAUAGUUACAAGUAGCUACUGGUUUAUUAUAUUCGGCAGAUGUGUUUACAGUAUUGUGGCAAAUCAGAGUCAAAAUAUGUGUAAAGACUUACUUCAUCGACAUGCCGAACCGAGCAUGAAAGACGAUCAUUUAACGAUUUUCAGUAUUUUAAGCGGAUCUGGCUAUAUAAUAGGUCCCAUGUUUGCUGGUUACCUUUUUGAAAUAGGAUUUUUAUAUAUAGGUUUACUCGCAGUUCUGCUAACACUUAUCAAUAUUUGUCUUGCCACAACUAUUUCUCUUAGUGAUAAUACCUCAAAAGAAAACUCCAACGAGAGGACUGUUUUAGACAAACUAUAUCGGAACGUAAACAGCAUCGUCAGCGAUUGUCGAAAUUGCCAAUACAAGAAGAACUGGGACAUGAUGGCGAUAAAAUUCCUGCACGUCUCGUGCAUUAUGAUAUUUUACGGGAAGUUCUCACAAAUUUUAAAACACAAUUACCAGUCUUCGCCUGUUAUCGUAGGCAACACUUACGCGUAUAUGAAUAGCCUUACUUUUCUCGGCACGUAUUUUGCGGUCAUCGCGAAAGAUUGGUACGCUUCGUUUUCGCCGGUAACACUGGCAGAAAAUUCAUUUAGGUAUCUUGGAUUGUGUCUACUCGUAGCUUGUUAUUCGCCGAUAUACUUGAUGUACAUGAAAAUGUGUAUACCUAUAGUAUUAUUGAGUACCUUCAUCGAUUCCAUUUGGAGAGACUUAUUCGCCACGAGGAAAGAAGAAUCCCUCGCGAGAUUGGAUAAUCCCUUGAAGACUGCUGCUGGUUUGAUAACGCCUGUUGCGUUUGGUGUUUUAUGCAAUACUAUCGGGCAUCACGCCGUUAUAAUAUUCUCUGUGAUUCCUGCGAUUGCGUCAAUGUAUAUAAUAACUCUGUAUACUAAGAAUCCCGAUUCUUCCAGCGAAGCGGAUAAAAAAAAUGAAUGAUAUUGAUAUAAGCAAAUAUAUUUACAAGUUAAUAUUGUUUUAAUAAAAUAAAAGUAUUACG